AAAUAAAUAAAUUAUUUCAUUUUAGUAAACUAUCAAAAUCAUAAAUAAUCAUAUACUAUUAGUUAAAUAGUUUUAAAAAAAUUGAUUACUUAAAUAGUAAUUAGUUUUUAAUUGCACUUUCUUAAGAUUGCAUUAGCGAUAUAAUCUUGUGGCUCGUGAGUUGUCUUUUGGACUUUUGAGAGUCGGUUGUUAAGGGAGCAAUUGACCAAUCCGCAAAAACCGUUAACUUUAUUUAAUUUUUCUUCUCAUCGUCUUCGUCUACACUCCAACCCAAUCUCUAAUAUUAUAUACACUCAUAUAUAUACAUAUACUUUGUGUAUAUAUCGUGUGUCUACGGGUUUAAACGAAUUACGAACCAAGCACCAGCACCAGCGAUUCCGUUCCGUACCGGGCACAUUUGUCAUCUACGUGCGCGGUGAACCACUCCCGAUAUAAUUAUUUCUUUGUGGCAUUGAUAAGACAAAAGUUAACUAAAUAAAUAAAUAAAUAUAACCAUGGCGGUAAAUGUUUAUGCGACUAAUGUGACAACAGACAACCUCAGUAGACAUGAUAUGCUUGCAUGGGUCAACGAUUGUCUCCAAUCAUCAUUCACGAAAAUUGAAGAGCUAUGUACGGGUGCAGUUUACUGUCAGUUCAUGGAUAUGCUUUUCCCCGGCUGUGUACCACUUAAACGAGUCAAAUUCCGCACAAACUUAGAGCACGAAUACAUACAGAAUUUCAAAAUUUUACAGGGAGCAUUUAAAAAAAUGAAUGUCGACAAGGUAAUUCCAGUGGACAGACUGAUAAAAGGCAGAUUCCAAGACAACUUUGAAUUUUUACAAUGGUUCAAAAAGUUCUUUGAUGCUAAUUACGAUGGGCUUGACUACGAUGCAUUUGAAGCACGUGGGAGAAUUCCACUUGGUAACGGCGUUGAUGGAUGUCAUAAUUCAUCAAAUCCUCAACUGGUACCGUUACCAGCUCAACCAAGACCAUCUCAAAUGCAUCAGAAGCCAAUUCCACAACAGCGAAACAUCGCACAGAGACAGCCGGUUAACAAAAUUCAACCCACUCGUCAACCAAUAAAACAAACCAUCAGCACUCGUGGAGAUAAUGGUAAAAUGGAUGAGCUCACUUCUCAGGUUUCUGAGCUCAAAGUAACGAUUGAUGGGCUAGAGAAGGAACGAGAUUUUUAUUUUGGUAAAUUGCGAGAUAUCGAAUUAAUGUGUCAAGAGACUGAAGAUGACCAGCCACCAAUCGUACAAAAAAUAUUGGAUGUUCUUUAUGCUACCGAGGAUGGUUUUGCACCACCCGAAGAAUUGGAAGGUGAUGGUCUUGCUCCAGAUGACGAGGAAUAUUAACCAAAUUUAAAUGAUCAUCAUCAUUAUCAAUUUAAUCAAUCAUCAAGACAGCAGUGAAUUUUAAUAGCGUUACCGCACGCUACCAUUCGUGAGCCAGUAAAACAAAAAAAAGAAAAAAAAAUAUCUAUUACCUUUCACGCAUAAUUGAUAAUAAAUAUUAAUCUAUCAUUUAGUGUUUUCAUUCAGACAUUCGUUCCAUUACUCUAAUGAUUGAUACAAAAAAAAUUAAAUUUCAUUUUUCAUUAUACUUAAAUCAUUUAGAUGAAUCUAAAAAAAAAAAAGUUGCAAUAGAUUAUGAUUGUGUCAAAAAAAAUUAUUUGUUAGAGAGCUAACAGACUUUAUUAGUAUGUGAGACAUGGUAACAUAUAAUUCUUUUUUUUUUUUUUAAUGCAUUUACAUCUGUGUGAUCUUGCGUGCUAUGAUCUUUGUACAGAAAAAAAUUUUAAGGUUCACAAAUAUUAGAGUCGGAGCUAAAUGAUGUUAAUUCUGCUGAACAAACCUUGUUCUUCGUGCCUAAGAUUUAUAAUAUUCUUUGGUAAUUUAUGUUAAUUUUAUUAUUCAAUUCCUGUAACUUUUUUUUUUUUUUUUAAUUUUAUUUUAAUCAUUAAUUACAUUGUAAAGUUUUCACGAUAAUAGAUUGCUUUCAAUUCCUUUUGUAAA